AUGCGCAGGCAAGAUGCGUUGGAUUUGCUACGAAUGUACCAUGAAGCUGCAGCAGCUCCAGGCCCCUGGGAGAAUGAGCCCUUGCCUGCAGAACUGAGUGUUUUAGGUGCUGAGAGUGAUGGAGGGGGUGUUGUGGGUGUUUAUUCGGAUGACGGGAGUGGUGGGGUGUUGGAGCAGGAGAUUGCGAAGGAGAAUAAGGAGGGGAAGGGGGACGCAUUAGUGGUCGCAGCCUUCUAUGAUGCAGCGGAGGAUGGAGAGGUUGGAUACACGGAGCAGUUCGCUCAACUGAGGGUACAUGCCGCUGCCAGCGUUAGCCGUGCUGCCAGUGUUGCCAGUGCUGCUACCUCUGCUCGUGCUGGCCGUGUCGCUAGUGCUGCUCGUACAACCAGCAUUGCUCGUGUUGGCAGCGCCGCCAGUGCUGCCAGAAUGCGGCCUGUGCUGCCUGCGGCAGCAGAGGAUGGCGCUGGGUCUACAAAACAGCCUGUUCCAUUACAAUAUCAUUCUUCUGGUGGUGCUGCCAGUGCUGACACUGCUACUGCUGCCACUGCUUCCAAUGCUGCCAGCGCAGUCAGCGUGAGGCCUGUGCUGCCAGCCUUAUACGACGCAGCCGAGGACGGAGUUGGGUUCACGGAGCAGUUCGCUCAAAUGAGAAUGAAAGCGAAGGGACGACGGGAAGAGGAGCUCUCUAGUAUUGCCACUGCUGUCACUUCUUCCUCUGCUUCCUCUGCUGCCACUGCUGCCACUGCUGCCACUUCUUCUACUGCUGCCACUGGUUUCAACGCUGCCAGCGCUGUCAGCGUGAGGCCUGUGCUGCCAGCCUUGUACAACGCAGCAGAGGACGGGAUUGGGUUUACGGAACAGUUCGCUCGAAUGAAAGUGAAAGUGAAAGGGAGGCGGGAGGAGGAGUUUUGA